AUGGUCAUUCUGGAGCAGACGUCGGAACUGAAGGCUCUGAUGUCCAUUAUCAGGAGCAAAGAUACGCAGCGAAGUGAUUUCAUUUUCUACAGUGACAGAAUUAUCAGGCUAUUGGUGGAGGAGGCUCUGAACCACCUCCCUUUCGUGGAGAAGACCGUGACAACACCAAUGGGGGCGCCGUAUAAGGGUCUGGCCUUCAAGGGAUCCAUUUGCGGCGUAUCAAUAAUGAGAGCUGGGGAAGCGAUGGAGCAAGGAUUAAGAGACUGUUGUCGGAGUGUGCGCAUUGGCAAAAUUUUGAUCCAGCGAGACGAAGAAACUGCCAAACCUCAAUUGUACUACGCCAAGCUACCCCCAGAUAUAUCGGAGCGCUUCUGUCUUCUACUCGAUCCGAUGCUCGCCACCGGCGGCUCUGCAAAUAAAGCUAUAGAAGUCCUUCUGUCGCAUGGCGUCUCGGAGGAGCAGGUGAUCUUUGUAAACCUGAUUUGCUCUCCGGAGGGCAUUGAAAAGGUGCUGCAUGUAUCCGCGAUCAGAUCGUAA